AUGGUUUCGCAGCAGACGUUGCCGCAGACACCGUCGCCGUCGACGAUCGCUGGCUCCUACUUUUUCGUGCUCUCUCUCUCUCUCUGUGCCAACGAUUCGGACCAGCGGAUCCUCUACACUGAUCCUACGACUUGGCGUUCUUCGUUGAGUACAACGUCGCGCUGCGGAUCCCUAAAACCAACUGCCGCGUAG